AUGUCUCAUGAAUAUUGUCAAGAAGUACUUAACGAUUUCGAAAAAUUACUUACGACUGAAAUAGGUUAUGAUGUUAUUAUCUACGCUGGAGAAAAUGAAAAUAUGAAAGAAUUUCAUGCACAUUCGAGUAUUUUAUGUACUAGAACGCAAUAUUUUUAUACAGCGUUCUCAAAUGAAUGGGCUGAAAAAAAGGAUGAAAAAUUUAUUUUUAAGAAACCUAAUGUUUCUCCCGAAUUAUUUAAAGUUAUCCUAAGAUUUAUUUAUUGUGGAAAGAUUGAUUUAACACAAUUACAAGGUCCUAAAGUGUUAAAGCUUUUGAUUGUAGUGGAUGAACUUAAUAUUCAAUCUUUAAUCUCUUAUAUUCAAAAUUACUUGAUUAAACAUCAAGAUGAAUUUUUGCAACAAAAUCCUAUCGGAAUUCUUGAAACAGUUUAUCAACAUGAAUCAUUCACAGAUUUAUGGAAUUAUUGUCUUGAGAAAAUUUGCGAAGAACCUAAAAUAUUAUUUGAAUCUGGUAAAUUUACCAGUUUAAAGGCGCAUGUAUUAAAAUUACUUUUAGAAAGGGAUGAUUUAGGUUUGGACGAAUGUUUUAUUUGGGAUUGCUUACUGAAAUGGGGACUUGCACAAAAUCCUUCUAUUUCGCAAGACAUCACGAAAUGGAGUAAGGAAGAUAUUACAAUUAUGGAGAGAUCUCUUCAUGGACUUGUGCCUUUAAUAAGAUUUUAUCAUAUUUCACCAGAAGAUUUUCUUGAUAAAGUACACCCUUUAAGAAAAUUACUACCAAAAGAUUUAGUUAAUGAUCUGUUAACAUUUCAUAUUGCACCUAAUAGAAAACCAAAUGUUCAACCUUCUAGACAAUCAAAGUUUGAUUCAACUUUAAUCGAACGUCAACAUUUUGCUAUUUUUUCUAGUUGGAUUGAUAAGAAAGAGAAUUCACAUUAUAAUAUAAGAAAUAAUCCUUACAAAUUCAAUUUAAUUUAUCGCGCUAGUAGAGAUGGUAAUACACCUGCAGCAUUUCAUAAUAAAUGUGAUAAUAAAGGUGCAACUAUCGUUGUUGCUAAAGUUACAAAUUCAGUACAAAUAGUUGGGGGAUAUAAUCCAUUUCAAUGGGAUUCAAGUAAUCAGAAUAAGUCCACAAUUGACAGUUUUAUAUAUUUUUUUGCAGAUAGGAAGAGCAUAAUAACCGCAAAAGUAAGUUAUAGUAAUGGUGAUCAACAUUCUAUUAGAAAUUUUUCUUCACUUGGACUAGGGUUUGGUGCUGGUUGUGAUUUAUAUCAAAAUAGCGAUGGUGCUUGGCAUAGGAACGGUCCAAGGUCUUAUCCUAAAAUUGAUGGUAUGCCGGUAGGAAGAUUUAAUGUAGAAGAUUUUGAAGUUUUUCUUGUUAUUAAAAAAUAGGAUUCUUAUUGAAUGUAUUUGACGUUAGUCAUACUUAAAAUAUUUUUUUAUUAAAGAGAAGACUCAAGUACAACGUGUGCCAAAAACUGUCCUCAAAAUAAUUCAUUGAUUCAAGUUAUUCUUUACUUCCAAUACAUUAUAAAUCUGAUAAAUAAAAA